AUGCCGCCGUUGCUCCUGGUCAAACUGUGGAUCGCGAAGAAGCUGGCGGUCAUGCUCGCCGUGCGCGCGUUCGGGGUGAAACGACUCUACCGAAGAGGCUUGCGACUCACGCGGUUCGCGUACGGGACGAACGUCGAGGCGACGUCGAGGCGGUACGCGGAGAAAUUCAUGCGAAAGACGUGCUGGGCGGCGAUGAAGACGGAGGAGUUCGUGGUGAAAAGAGCGGUGGGGUUUACCGAGCGCGCGUUCGCGUCGGCGGGAUUCUCCAAGCGCGGGAUGCCGUCGUCCAACCCGAGCGGCUUUGGGCCGCCGCCGGCGGGUCCCGCGCGAGAGAGAGAGAGUUCGGAACGCGGCGAGAAAAAGGACGCGUGA